UCCUGGACCCUAAGCACUCUCCCCACCAAACAGCAUUUCCUCCAAAUUCUUAAGAAAAGAAUUGGGACUGUAUCGUAUGAGAUAUGGGACUAUUUCUUUCUGUAUUUUCUUCCUUUUGUGUUUUAUUUUAGUAGAUAAAUGCCAGUUCCUGGGAAGAGAGAACCAAAAUGUCUACUGCAGCAGAAGCCAAUGUUGCAGAGAAAGAAAUUUCCAAUGAUGGUUAUUUACACAUGGCUCAAGUGCAAACCUCCAGGAAAGGAUUUUGUUCUGUCCGUUAUGGGUUGGCCAUCAUUUUGCUACUCUGUAAUUUUACAAUUUUCGCCCAACAAAUGAACUUGAGCAUUGCCAUGCCAGCUAUGGUGAACAACACAGCCCCACCCAGCCACCCCAAUGCCUCCACAGAAAGGCCCACCACUGACUCCCAGGACUACUGGAUUGAAACUCUAAAAGAAUUCAAGGCAGUGGCCCCUGUGUAUGACUGGAGUCCUGAAAUUCAGGGAAUCAUCCUCAGCUCCCUCAACUAUGGCUCCUUCUUAGCUCCAAUCCCUACUGGCUACAUGGCUGGAAUAUUUGGAGCCAGGAGUGUGGUUGGUGCUGGCUUGUUCAUUUCCUCAGUCCUGACUCUGUUCAUUCCACUGGCAGCAACUACUGGAGUGACGUUGCUCAUUGUCAUUCGGGUUGUGCAAGGCAUAGCACAGGUUAUGGUAACGACAGGUUAUUAUUCAAUUUGGGUCAAAUGGGCUCCUCCACUUGAAAGGAGUCAACUCACCAGCAUUGCUGCAUCAGGGGCACCGUUGGGAUCCUUCAUCGUCUUCGCUGUUGGUGGUCUCCUCUGCCAGACCAUAGGAUGGCCUUAUAUCUUCUAUAUCUUUGGUGGAAUUGGCUGUGUCUGCUGUCUUCUCUGGUUCCCUUUUGUUUAUGAUGACCCCAUGAAUCAUCCCUUUAUCAGCACUGAUGAGAAGGAAUACAUCGUUUGUGAACUGACCCAACAGGAUUGUUCUCCAGGCUGGUCUCUUCCCAUUAAGGCUAUGAUCAAAUCCUUACCACUUUGGGCCAUUUUAGUCUCUCAUUUCUGUCAGUCCUGGCCUUUUUAUAUCAUGACGGCGUACACACCAACGUACAUCAACUCUGUACUUCAAGCUAACCUCAGAGAUAGUGGGAUCUUGUCUGCCCUACCAUUCAUAUCUGGCUUCAUCUGCAUUAUUCUCGGAGGUCUAUUGGCAGAUUUUCUCCUUUCCAGAAAAAUUCUCAGACUCAUCACCAUAAGGAAACUCUUCACUGCCAUAGGAGUUCUUCUCCCGUCUGUGCUCAUGGUGUCCCUGUACUGGGUCAGAUCCAGCGUCACCAUCACUGUGACCUUACUAGUGCUCUCUCCUGGCUUCAGCAGCCUCUGUGACUCAGGAGCCCUUAUUAACAUCUUGGAUAUUGCUCCUCAAUACACAGGCUUUCUCAAGGGACUAUCGAAAGUCUUUGCACAAAUAGCUGGUGCCAUCUCUCCCACCGCUGCUGGAUUUUUCAUCAGUCAGGAUGCAGAGUUGGGUUGGAGAAAUAUCUUCUUGCUUUCUGCUACCAUCAACGUAUUGGGCCUGGCCUUCUACCUCAUCUUCGGCCAAGCAGAAAUCCAGGACUGGGCUAAAGAGCAGACAGUCACCCACUUCUGAGCUAACGGAGUGAUGCAUUAGUUCCAGAUGAUUACUGGUUCCUUGUUUUCCCUCAUGGAUUCCUCUUCUGUGCCUGCUUGAGUGAUUAGACAUUCAAUAUUAAUUGAUUUUGUUUCCAGUGUCUUCUCAGAGACCUUGGCUAUUGUAACGCUGAAGACUCUGCCUGGAGAUUUUACAGGGAAAUAAAAGGCUACUUAUUGAACUCAGAGCUCCUGAAGUUAUAGGCGUGUCUGAAUUUCUCCACGUUCUUCACUCCUUCCACUGUUAUCCUGGUAAAAGUAUCAUGAUUUGGAGGAGAAUUUCUCACCAAAGCAAAAGAAGAAACCGGAAUCAAGGGAGUGAAAACUGACAGUCAUAACGGGAGUUGUGUGUGUCCAAACACCCAGAAGAUGAACCUGUGGGGCUGCCAUGAAAAAGAAAUCCUGAAACUAUAGAAACCUUUAUGCAUAUAACUCGCAUCCUGGGCCAGGAGGCCACAGCAGUCAAAGUCGCCGUAGCAUCAACUGGGGAAGAAUAUAGGGUCACUUUAAAGCUUGGCAUGGGCAAAAUGCCUGGUUGAAAAAUGCCAAGGAGGAGAAGAUAAUAAAGACAGAAUUCAUUAAAACGAGAAGGAACAUCCUGUAACUGACGUGGGGGAGCAAAGCAGACUAUAUCUGACAACUAUGUAUUGCUUUCUAUGGUUCCUAGCUUUGGAAUCACAUCUUUCUCUCUGAUAUCUUUAGGGAUUGGAAACUUUCUGGAGUCCAUCCUUUCACAGUGGCCUCCUGUUAUGGCUGUAUUGAUCUCUGCCCAACACCUGGCUUGUGGAUCUGUGCUGAGCUCCUGCACUUUUGUAAAAGGACACUGCCCUGUUUCUCUUCUAUCCCCUCAAGCAUUUGUUUAUGCUGUCACUUCUGCUUUGUAUGCCCUUCUUCUGCUCCUCUGACUUUGGAAUCCUACCCACUAUAAAGUGAGCCUCAUUCAAAGUUCACCCCUUUUACCUACCAGGUCGUUCUAAAUUAUAUGCAAGGCCCAUGUUGCUGUGACUUCACAGCAAAAGUUAAGAGAUUGUACAUGGUGUGUCUUCUUUCACUGACCUCCUGUAUGGGCAGCAUGGGGACCAGUAAGGGGAGAAGAAACAUUCAAGCAUUAAAGUGAAUACUAAUGAACACAUACCAUGGGGCAAGGCAGAGACCAAGUCAAAUAUAGCCUUCAGGGAGCUCAACAUCUUGAUAGGGCAGAUGAUUUUAAUUAACGUAUCACAGAAAUGAAUGACAACUGUGGAAAAUGAAAUGGCUUGUGGUCUACCAGGCUAUGAGAGUGAAUGAUAAUGGCAUAUGCACAGGACUGAGGGUUGAGGGAGGACACCAUUCAGAGUUUCAGUGGACCUGUAUCUGAAGGACAACUGUUGACUGGUUCAGGAGGCAGAUGGGGAGAACAUUCUAGUAAGAGGGAACAGCAAAAGUAAAUGUCCAAUGGCAAGAAGGAGCAAACAGGUGUGGGUAGAACACAGAAAGUGAGGUCAGUAUGUUUUUUGAGGAGGAUAGAGAAGCAUUUAAUGGCAAGAGCACAUAUAGCCCUGUGGCCCCGGUGAGCUCAUCUGUAUUUUCUUAAAAGCAAUGAGUAGUGUUUUAGUGGGAGAAGGUCUAAUCAGGGUUGUAUUUUCCAAAGGUUGCCCUUGCUGCAUGAGAGGAAUAGGAAUAGGAGGUGACUGUGUAGUCCAGCAGAGAGGGAUGACCCCUGGUAUGAGGACGUAGGGGUGGCGAGAGAUGGUUGCAUCAUUUGAUUUAGGAGAUAAACCUGACAAGACUCUGAUACAAAGUGAGUCAGUAGGAGAUGUUCAGGGCCGGAACUCAAUAUUGUGGCUUCUGAACCAGUGAGUGCUCUUUCUCCUGUCCAUGCUCCAUCUCUGUAAGAAUCCUCUUCAAAACAAAAACCAAAAACACAAACUCAUUGCCACAGAGUCGAUUCUGACUCACAGCAGAAUUUAAAUGCGUCAUUGGCUCUUAUCUGUAGAGCCUUAAGGAGGAGUUGUGAAGAAAUACUUUAAAUACACAAACACAUUAAAAAGUCAAGAUCACUGGGAAGACUUUAGAAGGUUUGUAAACCAGGAAGUAACAUGAUUAUAUUUACAUUUUAAACCUUCUGCUUCCUAUGUGGGGGACUGAAGGAGAGAGAGUAGAAACAGUGGGACCAACUUGGGGGUCUAUGUUAUUUACCCAGGUGAUAGAUGAUUGUGUUAGGAAUGUAGGAAAUGAAAAAUAAUGGUAUUUGGGGAAAGGUUGGAAGGUACAACUCACAGAACAUGCUGGUGAAAUGAAUGGUGAGUCCUGAGGGAAAUUAUAAAAUCAAAGAGAACUCCAAGAUUUGUGGUCAGAUUAGCUGGAGG